UGACUCCGCAACUCCUCAUUCACUAGAAGAUGGCGGACUGCGCUCCACUAUUAGAUGAGGAACUCUCGUCCUUUGUCUUCAGUUACCUGACAGAAAACUCCGGCAGCCAGUAUGGGGAGGAGGAGGUGUGUUCGGACCGCUUGGAUACAGACUUCCCUGACAUCGACCUCUCCCAGCUGGACACCAGUGACUUCGACAGCGUCAACUGCCUCAGUGAGCUGCAGUGGUGCACUGAUCAGCCAGCGGAUGUGUCACCAGCCUCCAUCCACUACAGUACGGCAGAUGAGCUCUUUGAGAUAGAAGAGGAGAAUGCGGCUCUACUGGCCGCUUUGACAGACAGUUUGGAUGGCAUGGUGGAUGCUGAGGUCGGUGGGCUCUCUGUUUUUCCAACUCUGGAAGAAGAGCCCAGUCAAGAGGAAGAGGAGGAGAGAAGUCUUCCUCUGAGUGCCGAGGACUUCAGUCAGUCACUGGGGGCCGAGACAGAGGACCUAUCUCUUCUGAAGAAGUUGUUGUUGACUCCUCCCAAUGUUCCAAGCGGCAUCGACGUGCAUAAAGAUGGAGUCCAAAGCCAUCGCUACAGCAACAGAAGUCUGCGCCUACGGCCAGUCAGACCUCUGACUAAGAGCGACCUCCCUUUAGAGCGGAAGCCCCGAGCGGUGCGUCCCACGAGUCGCCUGUGCACCGAACUCCACCGCCACCUCACCACGGCGCAGGACACUGAGGACGCUCCGGUUCACGACACCGACGAAGGCGAGGAGGAAGAGGAGGACGAGGACAGUGAGUCGGAGGAGGAUGAAGAGGAGGAAGGGGAGGAGGAAGAGGAGGAGUCUUCCAGUAGCGAGGUCGAGGGUGCAGUGGCAGCGGCCGCUGGCCCUGCAGAGCCCACUGCGCCUCAGUUCAGCUCAGAGAAAGAACUGCAGUCCGUUGUUGAGCUGAUCACGUACAUGCACACAUAUUGCCUGCCCAUGCGCAAGCAGCAGGGUUGGGACCGCAAAGACAGAGACCUUUCAAGGCAGCGGACCAAACCCGACGUCCCCCGCCCAGCCAACACAAACUCUCACAGCAGAGUUGUACUGGUUAGCGCUUCUGGGACUAGUGGGAGCUUGAAUGGGACGAGCAGCAGCAGCAGCGCCCCCAGAAGGCUUCCCUUCGCCAGGCGAAGGGAGAUGAAGGCUAACUCCCUUCUCCGUGAGCUCUUGCAGCAGAGCAGCUCCUUUGACGUGAGCAAGCCUUACAGACUGCACAGCCCACCUUACGCCCACUCACACAGUCCCAGCAGGGCCACAGCCUCUGCUCCUUGUGCUCCAGCUAAUAAAUGCCCCCCAGCCCAGUCCUUCAGCUCCAUUCUCCCUAAGCCAGAGCUUUUGAAAGACUCUUCCUCACUGGAGAGGAGAAACUCUUCCUCCGAGCUGCAGCAGAACCUGGAAGAGUCGGCAGAAACCAGCGGUUCCUUCUCCGUUCGCCGCUCCAGACGCCUGGCGUCAUUUCCCAGCCGCUUCGCCAAAAGGUUGCGGCCGACACGAGCAAAGGAGGAAGAGGGGAAGGAAAAGGAUGAGAAUCACACAGACAGACUCCUGCCCACCCAGGCUGGAAGGGGAACGACGACGGAGGCGCAGCCAGAAAAACUGACAUCUAACGAUGGCAGCAAUCCCUCUGAGCUGACCAAAUCCUGCUGCCAUGAAAAGCGAGCCUGUCUCUGUCUGCCCCUCAACCCAAAGUCCACAGGAGAGCCCCAGUUCAGCACCAGGCCUUAUGAGCAGACGCUCAGUGUGGAUCUGUGUGGAACAGCAGGUCUCACCCCUCCAACCACUCCUCCUCACAAAUCUGUGGAGGAUGAGCUCUUUAAACCGACAGACGGAGGAAAGUGCGGCAGCAGCAGUGAUGGUGGAGGUGGCAGUGAGUCUGUCCACCCAGCAUCAAAUACUAACAUCAACAUUACCGCAAAGGGCUCAACCUGGCUGAGUCGCUCCCACCACCAGAGGAAGCUUCCAGAGCAGACAGAGCUUUAUGCCCAGCUGCGGCGCAUGGGUCAGGCGGGAGAGGGCGACACCCAGCGCACCUUCGGUGACCAUGACUACUGCGCGCUUAGUCUCGGGGAGAGCCGGAAGCGUAGCGCUGCCAUGCUUGGCGCCAUACUCCAGACCCAGGAGGGCAGUGAGGGAGAUGGCACCCAAUCAUCCAGUGUGGUGGAUAAUCAGGUUUUAGAUGAAAAGGUCCAAGAGAGCGAAGAGGAGCGCCUUGUGAUGACAGAAGUGGUUGAAACGCAGGAGCAGCAGACGACAAUGGUGUUAUCAUCAUCACCGCCAUCAGACUGCCAGUCAAUUGCUGCAACGCCUCCAGUUUCUGAGGAAGAGGCGGAGCGCUCAUCGGCAUCUCGCUCUCCCUCACCCAUCCUUCACAUGUGUCCUGACUCUCCCUCCAGCAAGACAGACUCCAGUGAGAAUUCUGAGAGCUGUACGGACGACAACCAGGAGAACAAGGACAAGUCUGACGAGGAAAACUGCCAGGUUUUUUACAUCCAUAACCUACCAAGCAGGGUGACCGAGAACAUGCUAAGGAGGCGCUUCCAAGUUUUUGGCAAUGCAGAGGACUGCAAAGUCAUCAUCUGCAAUGAGGAGCGCUGUGGAGUGAUAAAGAUACGUCAGUCGGGGCCUCAAAGACAUCGCAAAGAACGAGAGAUUGUUUUCCAGAAUGCCCCUCCAGCCCUACGGAGGCUAACAAGGAAACGCUACAUAGACCUCGAUGAAGCUGGCCCUGGCCCUGUCAAGAGUAAGUAUGAUGCACUGGACUUUGACACUCUGCUGAAGGAGGCCCAGAAGUCCCUGCACCGUUGACAGUCCAGCAAUGCUGGCUGGCCAGCCUUAGUAAACUGCAGCAGAACCCCUUAGACAACAAGGGACUGCCCACAGUACCUCUGUGCAAGGCAACCUCGCAAAAUGUUUACAUUUUUACUGUUGGAAUAACGUAACAAGGACCUUGAUUUUUUAAGUCUCUUUCACCGGAGCAUACUGCUAAAAAACAAGGAAGUCACCAUGAGGAAUUAAGAGACAGGAGGGAGAAAAAAGGACUUUAAACAGCAAUGGUAAAACAGCUAAAAACAACAAUGAUACAGUUAUCUGAACAAAGGUAACAACAAAGCUGCUUCCUGUCUGUGCUGGUGUCGUCUUUGCCCUGCCUUGGAAGAACGGGCAUAAAAAACCUGUAGCAAAUCCUUGCUAUCCCUGCGUUGCGUUGGUCGUUGUAGUGUGUAUCGUUGCGUGUGCGUGUCCUUCACUCUGUUUGUUUUGUAAGCAAAAAAAAGAAGAGAGAAAACCUCCCUUUUUUCUGGUCACAAAUGGUGAACCUGCAGGCUGUGUUUGCUUGUCUGGUCAUAUAACCAGGAUGUGAAAAAAAAGUGUUUUGUUUUAGCAAAUAAUUGUAUCUGUUAUAAAUUUUAAAACUUACUCUGUGUGAGUGCGUGUUUGUGUGAGUGCGUAUGUUUGUGGGUGUCUCAUGGACAAAGUAUAUAACAAACACAUUUAAUGUAAUCAACGGAUGACUGAUAAAAGUUUACAAACCUAAAAUGAAGAAAAAAAGUCAUGUUUUCUUUUUUGUAAUUGUAGUGCUUCCUUGAUUUGAUCUAUGCACUGUAACAGAGGUAAAUGUCUCCUCUGUCCCCCUUCUGUGUCUAACUCUGCCAUGCUAAAUAUUUAGCUUCUGCUACUGGCUGCUGUAGGCUUUGUUUAGUGAAUGCUUUACACACAAAAACCCUAUUUAACCUAUAUUUUAUUUUAACAUUGUUCAUAUUUUUACAACCAAUUUAGACUGAGGAAGGGUUUUUCUCUAAAAAAAAACACUUAGGUUAAAACCUUACCUUUGCCUUUGGAUAGAUUUACAAAUACAUUAAGAUGGCCAUUGAUUUGGAAAAAAUUUGGAUUCUCUGAUUUAUGUUUAAAGGCAGAAAUGUUAAAAAACUGGAUUUGACUGCAACUAAAUGUCAAGUAAUUUCAUAACCUGAAUUAAUUUUAGGAUUUAGAGCAGUGUGAGUAAAAAGACCACAAUUCAUACUACUAACUAAACAUUAAAACUAAAUGUUUGACAUGAUUUUAACACCAAUACAUUUGGCUUUAGAUUAAAAGUAAAGAAUAUUAUCCCUUUUCAAUGUUUAGCUCUUCAUAGCAAAACCCAAGUAUAAGAACCUGUUAGGUAUUUUCCUUGAACCUACAAUAAAAUAACCACAGACAACGUAUAUGAAUUAAAUAUGGUCAGGCUUCUGCAGAAGGAGAAAUCCCGAUCAACAGCUCCUCCGGGCUGGUCAAUAGAGAGUUCUGAUCUGCUUUCACGUGAGCUCCCUCUUUAUUGUCAAAGCAUCAAACAACAGAGGUCGUAAAACAUUUAACACAAACAGACCAACAACUCAGUUCCAGGUGUGAUAUCUAAUUUACAAUCUGAGCCCAGUUCAGCUCUGGGUCAAACUGUCACCUAAGACCGGGUAGAUAAACACCAGAGAAAACUUUAGGGUCUGAGAACCAUAAAGUUUUACUAUCUCGCAUGAAGACAGUCGUAACCUCCAGGUCAGUUUAUACUAAAAUCACAAUAAUACUUUAGACUGAAUAUAAACUAAAGUAACAACAAAAUGAUAAUGUUAAAAAAUAUCUAACAGAACCUGAUAUCACCUGAUUAAUGAUUAGUUGGGUUGUCUGCUGAGGUAGCUAUCCUGCUAUCUGUUGCCAUCUCUCUUAGCUUGCCAACUUUGGUUUAAAGCACAGCUACUACAAUAACAGAGAUAGCUUAGACUCAUUUAGUUGCCAUGUCAUUCUUGUCAUUGUUUUCAUCAUCAGACAUCUUUACAGCUAUAUUUGACUUUGUUGUGCAUGGGAGAAUCAUAGUAGCUUUUUCUUUUGGUCAGCUGAUUAUCAGUGUGGGCACUUUCUCUGGAAUCUCAAUAAUAAUUCUUUACACUAUACAACAGGUGAUAUUGGCUUACUUUUUACAAGAAAAUAACCCAUUUGGAGGUAUAAGUUUAUCGCAAGUUGAAACCCGACUUAUAGACAGAACUAAACUAAAGGAAAGCUGGGUUAUGGAUUACAUAUUUAUUUUUAGGGAGUAAAACAAACUCCCUUAUUUGACUGAGUUUAAGGAGAUUUUUAAAACUCCUUUAAAGUCAUUAGGCUUGUUUACAUGGCCUUUAUUUAGACAAAAAUUUUGACAAAUCCUUUAUUAUUUAUGAGUAAAACAUUUUGUUCCCUGGAAUGUGCAUCACUUCAAUUACAUGUAGUUUAACAUGCAAAAGGAACAAGUGCAUCAAGCACAACAGGAAUUUAUUUUAUAGCAACAUUUGGUAGUUUGUCAUUUCUGAGAUUUUUGUUAUGAGUUCAAACAUAGGAAAUGGUUUUGCCAAUAUGAAAAUUUGGGCCAAUAUUAAUAUAUAAAAAUAUAUAUUUUCAAAUAUCUAUCACAUUCAAUUGAGUUAAUACUGAGUACAACAUAAAGUAUUGGUCUUUAAAUAUAUUGUGUUUAUUUCGGUUUAGUGAAGUGUUUGGUUUUAUAAGCACAAAAUGCAUUACCCAUUAAUACACUACAGUCAUAGAUGGAGUCAGAAUGUAUUUUAAGAAGCUGAAUGUAAUCAUCGUGUUGUCCCCACACAAAGAUUGUGGAGCGAUGUGGUGCUUCAAAAGAUGGGUUUGCUUGAUAAUUUCAGACUGGAUCUGGUUAGCAGCUAGUUUACAUUCCAGCAGCAGCCAGCAGCAGCAUGCCUUGACAAACUUAAGAGAGUCUCUGAAUCCUGCCAAUCUGGUGGCAUCAACUCCCCACCAAUAAUGCAGCCAGGAAGCUGGCAAGGGAUCAGCUGAUUAAGAACUAAGAAAGUAACCGGCUGAGAAUUCAAUUUCUCAUCAUCUACCGGGUCAGAUGAGCGUCUCUACCUCACAUCCCUUCAUCCAGGUCCUGACCGUAUUUUUGUUUCGCGGUUCUCCUGAACGCUCUCCCGCCUCCUCUGUUAUCACAGCAUCAAAAGUUUGUUUUCUUGAAGAUUAAAGCUUUAAAAGCUGAUAAGGGGUGUAGGGUUGAAACCCGACUCAUGGACAGAACCUAUAAGGGGUACAGGUUUAGUUUCUAAGCUCCUUGUGACAGAAGUGAUCUCUUUUUGUAGUCUGUCCUCCGCUUGCCUCAUAACAGUGUCCGUUUGUUGGAGUCUCAACGUUGUAUCCUCGUGUAAUUGAAUGUUUUGUCUUUGUCUCGUGUUUGAGUUGGACACUGCUGACGCUUACGGGUCAGUGAGAGGUUGAACAGCAAUCUGGUGGACUGGUUGUUCCUUGUGUGCACUUCAUUAGUGAAGAUUCAAAAUAUUGUUUUCAUGUUGUCUUCAAGGAAGUGCCACUCCUCCUGUUUUUAUCUGCUCACCCUCUCCUUGCCUAGGACAUCCAGUAAAAACGCAGCCUAACUCUUUCUCCAUCCUUAACUUUCUCUCUUUGUGGGUUGAAGACCUCAUAUUAUCCAGGUCUCCCCUCACAAAUUUCCCACUUUUUACCAGAUAAUCUUCCCAUCCUGGUUCUUGUCUUUUCUAUCUAAACCACAUCUUGGUAACACACACACACAUACACAAAAAAAUUGAAUGUUUACAUCACUUGUUUCUCCUUUGACUUUAUUAGGAACGCACACUAAGUACAAAGGCGCCUUAUUCAGUGCUUAAAAAUGAAAUAACAGCAAGUCAAGAUUCUGGAGUGGAUGCCUUCCUCUCCAGGCUCACAGAUGUCCAAAACUAACACUUUAGUGCUAUACAUACUGAUUGAAAACAAGGUGUCGUCUGUUAAAAAGGACAAAAAAAAACAACAACUUGUGAACUGAGUAAGGUUUUGUGCUUAGUAUGUAUACUACUAAAAAGUGAGAGAAUGUGCUGGUUUACAUGUUAAAAAGAUAAUAUAUGAAUAUAUAAUGUGUACAUAGCACUAUGCCUCAUUGUAAACAUGAAAUUUAUUGUGUGUUCUUAUUUUAUUUUACUUUUUGGUGGUGGGUCACACUUGAUUACUAAUAAGACAGGAGAUUUCAGGUCUGUUUUGUUCCAGUAUGUUAAUUUUGUUCAGUAUACAGGGAAGAAAUGAAGGGAAAAUCCCAACUUCACACAAAGUCCAACACAACACUGUAGCAAAAAGGAAAAAUCAAACAAAAAAACAACAACAAAUGAAAAGGUAUCACCAUAGAUAAUCACGCUAGAAGGCUGUAUUUUGUAUCUUAAUGUGGAUUUUGUUUAUGUUGUUUUCUUAAAAAGCAAUUUUCCGAUGCAAUACGUAAUAAUCUCGACAGCCUUUGUGAAAAACGGAGGUAAUAAUGUACAGUGUGUGGUUGGUUGUUGAGCUAAUACAUGGGCAACUGUUAAGCUGCGGAUUAAAUAGGCUGCUGUACUGUAUGUAGACUGCCAUUUUAAAAAUAAUCUACAGGAAGAAUGUGGUCAUAAAAACAGAAAAACGGAACAAGCUGUUCUAACGUUUUCACUGCACAAAUCGUCCUAAUUGGUGAACUACCUUCACUGUAUUUUCUUCUUGUAAGCUGUUGUAACUAUAUUAUUACCACCUUUUGAUGAUGCACAGAUUUGGUUUGAAUCAGAGUUGCUUAAAGCACUUACUUUACAGCCAAUAACUAUACAGUUCAUGUAUAUCUCUGGUAAAGGAAUGUGGCAGGGAGGUGUUGAUGAAAAGCUGGUGAAUAUUUUCCAACAGCCGAUGUUGGCACUGUAGAAAUCCUAGUUUCACUGCUGCACCUUACUUUGGAUCGAAAAAGGUCGACAUAGGAGGGUACAUUCUUCUUGAAAAACAUUCAGGCAAUUAUCCAGUUCAGGUUUUCCUUGCAGAUGACCAGUCGAUAACGUAAAGGAGAGAUAUACUGUCUUUUCAUGUAAAUUAAAGUUCAACCUUGAGCCCGCAGUACUGCUAUGGUUUCUACAGUGACUGCCUCUGUGCCUGUGAGGCUUUUCAAGGGUUAAAUGAAAUCGGAUCAAUCCCAUGUCUAACAUGGUAAGCCUUAAAAAUCAGUUUGGGGGGAAACUAAGCUAUCAUUAGCUUUUAAUAUUACUAUUUAAACUUCUUUCCAAUCCAACGUGGUUUAUUAUUAAAUAAUUACUGACGUAAUUUUUUCAAUAGCCAUAUAAUAAAAAAAAGUAUAUACAUAUAUAUGAAUAUAUAUAUAUAUAUUUGUGUGUUUGUGUAGAUAUCUAGAUUAUUAUAUACUUUCUUAUAGAAAACUUUGAUGUGGGUCAUUCUUCGCAGUGUUUUGAGAACACGUUGACACAUUUCAACAUUAAUAACUGCUGUCUAUUUGGUCUAGGUGCUAGGUCAAUAGGCAGCGAAUCCAAAUAAAUAAAAAAAAAAGUUAUUUAAAAAAAAACUUCCAAAGGGAAUUACCCUCAUAAGAAUGCAAUAUCUUUCUUUCCACUCUUCAUUUCAGAAAAAAAAAAUGGAAAAUGGUGAGAAAACAAACUUCUUAAUAGGCAAGCUGACCAAAAAAAAAAGUUAAGAUAAAGAGCAAUGAUUCACACCAGGGGUUGUGAACAAAUGUGAAAACGUCCUGAGAUUCAGUUCUAGAUGUUGCGCUUUUAAUGCCAUGGCUCGGUAAAACUUUGUGUCACUCACUGUUUGUUUUAAGCCAUGAAAUUAUCCCCGACCACGACAGGAGUGCUUGCAAUAUGGUCCGAGUUAAAAUGAAGUGCUCAAAGAACAUAAUGGCUAAUCUGACAAACUAAAAGGUGACACUGAUGUCAAACAGAUACUUAUUUGGGACUGUAAACUGUCAAAUCUGCUUAUUAUAUUUUUUUCUUUGUUGUUUUGGGGGGUGGAUAUAAAAGGGCAUAUGUUUAUGUUGUUUUUCAUUACUGUUCAUUUCACUGUCUCUUUACAUCUAAUGACUAUCAAAUUCAAAAAUGAUUUUUUUUUCUUUUUUUAACCUAGUUUUUUUUUGGUAAAACAAAAAAGUAAAUACUGCUAGUGAGAUUUUAUAUUUUUACAUAUGUUUGUUUUAUUUCAUGUUUUCUUUUUCUUUUUUAUUUAUAUGCUACUUAGUUUUGAUGUCUUCAAAGGGUGUUUUUUUUUUUCUCUGUUGUGUAAUUUCAUAUUUCUUGAGAAUGUGGAGACAGAGGCAUUUCAGUAUUUUUGAAUUGUUAAAAUCUAGUUUCAUAGAAGCUAAAGUAUCUGAUGUUAUAAAUUAUAUUUUAAUUCAUGUAAAUAGUUUAAAACAGACAACUAUGGCUUCCUUUUAAACUGAAUACAUUUCUCUUCAGAGAUUGUUUACAUUAUGAAACUGUAGAGAUGUGCUCCUCAUAUACUGUAUAAAGUACAUAUAUUCAUUGAUUUGCCUCCAAAAAUAAAAUCCUAAUGAACAACA